AUGGGUGUUACACCUACCUCGAAUCCAAUGGGGUUCAUGCCAAUCCCUAGUCCUGCUGGCGUUCAAAGGCUUGGUGUAGGAUCAAUUUCGCCUCCCAGUCCACCGCAACCGCAAUCUAUGCAACCUGCUGCUGCACCGACAGCUCCACCACCUACUGUGCAGACUGCUGUUACUUCAAAAGUACCUGUACACCAAAUGCCUAUUAUUACAACAUUGACAAGACUUUUUAAUGAGACAUCAGAAGCACUCGGAGGUUCACGUGCAAACCCAGCAAAGAGGCGAGAAAUAGAAGACAACUCAAAGAGACUUGGUGGGUUGUUUGCUAAGUUGAAUAGUGAUGACAUCUCCAAAAAUGAUUCUGAUAAGCUCCUUCAGCUUUGUCAAGUGUUAGACAAUGGUGAUUUUGGUACUGCACUUCAAAUUCAGGUUCUUCUCACUACUACUGAAUGGGAUGAAUGCCAGUCCUGGUUAGGUUCACUGAAGCGUAUGAUCAAGACUAGGCUGAAUGUCAGGUUAAGUUAA